AUGGCAUCAUUGAGAAAAAGAAAGAGGUCAAAGAGAGCUUUGUACUGGAUAGAAAGAAGAAGAAAAGGCAAAGUUGCUGCAACAAGAAAACCAAAUAUCAUCAUAGAGGAUUUACCUGAGUGCUUGCUAUUGCAAGAGAUCUUUUCCAAGCUACGUAACCCUAGAGAUUUCGUGGCUUGCAAAAACGUGAGCAAGCGAUGGAAGUCUCUGAUAUCUUCUUCUUCUUCUUCUUUCCAUCACAAUCCAAGCCUGGCUUUGAUUCUCAACACGCAACCUCAAUAUGCUACAAACGACAUAUGCAUGGAGGGUUGGAAAGGAUUCGAGCUAAGCAAGUAUGUCGAUCCCGAGUUUGAUCCUCCGGUUUGUGUCCUAGCCUCUUGCAAAGAUGUCUUGUUGUGCAUGAAAUCUUCAUCUAAAGAAUUCUAUAUUGUGAAUCCUUUGACUAUGCAAUGGACACGUCUUCCUGAACCAGGCUUUGCGACUUCGGGGGUGCCUAUUGGAUUAAUAGGGAAUGGGACGAAAGGCAUAUACCAUGUUGUCAGGUUGAUGAGAUGUACACGUUCCUGGUUUAGAGUGUUCUUGUUUGAUUCUAUGAUCGGUACAUGGAUAGGCAGUAAAGUUGAUCAUCCUCCUUGGUCACAAUCCAGUUGGUGUCCAACUCAAUACCAAGCCUUAGUCUUUAAAGGAGCUUUACAUUGGUUAGCAGAGGACGGGCCUGUCGUGGCUUACAACCCUAAUGAUCGAAAGACAUGCCUACUCAUCCAUCGUUCCCACGAGAUGUGUCAUGCUUCUUACGGUGGCGACGCAAUUGUUUCAGAGAUCUUAACAAUCUCCAUGGGCCACCUACGCGUCCUUCAGCUCGUUGCAUCUGUUGAUCAUCACCAUCUCUUGAUUUGGACACUCGUGGACUACAAACAAUCCAUAUGGAAACAAGAGCAUGAUCCUAUCUCUUUCACUGGCCUUCCAUGGCUGCAAGACUGGACAUUCUCUGCCCAACACAACAUGUCAGGUUUCAUGGCUCAACCAGAGACCAGAAAGCGGAUUCUUUCUCCACAAACUUUAUGUUGUCAUCCAUACAACCCUCUGCUCGUCUACUUUUGUUUGCCCGAACGCAUUGUCUCUCUUGACGUUGCAACAAAGAAAAUGCAUCUAAUUACAAGACUCAGCAAAAGUAACACAGACGGCGUUUACUGGAAUCAAUAUGAUAAGGUUAUACCAAUGACAAUGCACUUAGAUCCCUCUCUAGUUCCACACCAUGGCAACGUACUGCGGCCACGUCGUCGUAAACAUGCACAGAUUCUUUAG